AAGCUGCGAAGUGUGUCUGAGCAUCUGUGCUUUAUCUUGAUUUAUUUUGUGCGUCCGUUAGCAAGAUGGGUCCUAAAAUAACGUCUUCUUUACUUUACACCAUGUUGGCUUUCCGAAGAUUUCAAAACAACACCAUGCUCUCAGAUGGUGGGGGAGGGUUUGGGGACCAGUGUUUGAGCUAGGCCUUGAAAGGGCGUCGUUGACUGAAGACAAGGAAGAACGGGACUUGGAGUGAAGAAGACAGCAAAGGCAGAGUCAGGAGCGAGAGACUGGGUGCAUUUGGGUGAAAGUCGGGGUGCCAGAAUGGCAGAGUGAGGGAGACAACAGGACUAUCUGCUGAGACCCACUUAGAAGGACAAGUUGAAGUCUGUGCAGGAGUGGGCCUGAAGGCAGCUGGAGGGACGUAAGCUGAGUUUGAAUCCAGGCUCUCUGGACACUCACUAAGGGUGUGACGCCACUGGGCCUGUCUGAGCCUCGUUCUCCUCAACUGUUAAAUAGCAACAGAUUCCUCUCGUGAGCAGUCAUUGUGUGGCUGAGAUCUUCCGCUUAAUAUGAGUGAAAUCGCCUUGCCCAGGACCCUGCUGUAGUGCAGAUGCUCCAUCUUGGGUUGAACCAUUCCCCUGCGGAUAGGCACUCAGAUCGUCUCUCAUCAUUUGCCACUUGCAAACCUGCUGCCGCAGACCUCCUUGCUCAUGGCUCUUCUUGUGAUCGUGGUGGUUGUUGCCAAAGUCUAGCUUCCCAACAGAAUGCAUUAGAUCUAAGUGAUCUAGAAGGGUGUCCACUAUAUAGUAGAGAUUUUGAAAGAAAUGAGGAAAGGAAGUAUCAGAACAGUGUCCUACAUGUGCCUGGUACAGGCAGAGCCUCAGAGAAAGAAUAGAUGGUCCCCGUAACACCAAACGGUCAGCAAAGGUCACCUUCCCAGUGUGAGGGCUUGGGUAUGCAAUGAUCCAAACAGUUGGCCCUUCCUGUAUGCCUCAGAGCCCUUGGUUUACUGCAAUAAACAAUGUCAUCGCUUUUAAAGUUUGAAAGGAAGGUUCAAGAAAGUGUUUUUUAUAUUAGCUGUGAUGGUAACAACGAUGUUGAUCACAAAGACAGUGAUCUUGGGGUCGUGACCCCAAGGGCCAUCACGCUCUAGGGCCAUCAUUCUACCCCCAAAGCUCCACAUGAAAGCUCCUGCCUUCAGGAAGGUCACUGGAAACUUCUGGGACUUAGGCUAUAAAACAGAAACACAACCGAAGUGGUUGUUCUUUGAAGCUCCAGGAGCUCCAUGAAGAAAGGAAUCAGCGCUUUCUUUGUGGUGGUUGUGGCCAUGGCCCCAGCCCCUCAAAAAACAUUGGGCAUGUUGUAGGUUAUGAAAGAAAUAUUUGCUGAAAAGAGCAGAGAGAGGGAGGUGACAGAAGGGAGGAGGGAGGGAGGGAAAGAAGAAUUAAUUUUUAAUUAUAUAAGAGGCCAGUUUAUUCAGAUUUGAAAGUCUUCAAACGUUAACUAAAACAUCAGUUCAAAAUACCUAAUCCAGGCUAUUAAGGAAACUCAGAGGAAAUUUUGAUCAGAAAUAGGGGUUCUCAAAAAAAAAAACAAAAAACAGUCUUGCUGCUACCCCCUCCAAAGUUAAUUAAGUGUGGCGGUAACAGCCGUACUGUUUGGGCUAUUUAUGUAAUGAAAAGAUCUUCUAAAAAUAAUACUUAGAGGCCCAGACUACUAGGCUAGGUGGCUGAGCCAGCUGGAAUGGCAGAAGGUGACCAGGAGCUGUGAUCCUGCACUGACAUAGCCGUUGCGAUUAAAUGAUGCCUCUCUUAUUCAGAUUGCAAAACCACUCCAGGCCAAGAGACUGAGGCUUCGUUUGUGUCAGAUGGCGUUGAGCUCCUUCCUGAGAGGAGUUCCGCUGUUAACUUGAUUCUCUGCACACUCCCAGAUCCCAGGAGACUGCUGCUGCUGGCUGUUCUCCGGAAAACCAGGAUCCGCUUGAAAGAAAGGGCCCAGGAAUCAAGCAGGGCCUUAGCUUGUUUUGCAUGGAUCAGAAUCAUAGACUAUCACCAAUAAGAAGGAAUUUAACCUGAUAUUUAACCGAAAGAAGCAUGGCGUGCCCAGGUAUUCAUUCCACUGAAGUGAUGUUUGAUGUGGGACCAGAGGUGGAAAGGAAGGAGGAAUGGAGGGAGGAAGGAAGAAACUAGAAACCACCAGAAUACCUGUGAUAGAGUGAUGACAGACAAACCACGGCCAGCCACCCCACAGACUGUUACGCAGCCAUUUGAAAGACUGAGUGAGGUCUGCACCCGCUGACCUGGAAAGUGAGCUUUAGAGAGAUGUCCAGAGAACGGGUGGGGCUGCAGUUGGCAGACUGGGACGGCAGGCUAGAUCUGGUCCUCUCUUUGGUUUUGUGCCUCACGUGAACUAAGAAUAGCAAUUUUACAUUUUUUGCAUUUUGCAAAAAUUUUGCAUUUGCAAAAUUUUACAUUUUGCUUUAAAGAGUUUGAGAAAAAUUCAAGAGAAGAAGAUUUUACCACACAUGAAAACGAUGUGACAUUCACAUUUCAGUGUCCACAGUAACGUCCAGGAUCACUCAUCUGCGCAUUGUCUGUGGAGGUGCCCUCACACGGAACAGUUAAGUCAGUCGCGGCAGAGAGCUUGCAGGACACAAAGCAGACACAAAGCCCACUGGCUGGCCCUCUCCGGAAAAAGCUGGUUGGCUUCUUGUUCAGAGCGUGGUGAUGUUUCAUAAAGAAAGAGUGUAGAACGCUGCUCUCAGCACUUGGCAGAGUCAGUGUAUUAACACUGGCUACUUUUUUCAUUCAUUUUAUCAUUUAUCCAUCUAGGCGUAAUGCCUUCUGGUGGAGCCAGGCCCUGGGAACCAGCAGUGACUGAGCAGAUGCAGCGCCCGUUUUCUCAGAGCGUAGAGUCUGAGUCUAGAAUCUCUAAUGUAAACAGUAUGAACGUGAGCCCGUCCUACUGUGUCCCGUGUGAUGACUUGGUGGUCAGCCCCUCGCGUGCCGUGUCCCUUCCUCCUCUCACUCUGUAUCCUGAUUGCCCUGGUCCCUUCUAAGGAGAGAUGCCGGCCUGGCCUCCGGGUGUCUUGGAGUGAGGUCAAGGUCUAGAACUGUUCAUUUUGAAUUGGGUCAUACAUACUGUCGGUCUGGUUUCAACAUGCUCAAAACUCCAUCUUUGUGUUUCUAGCUCACGCUUUCCAGGGGACCCUAGAGGGCGAGGCAGCUGUGCCGGACCCCCAUCACCUGGAUGGGGGCAGCCGUCCACCAUGGAGAAGGCUGCAGCCAUAGCUCCACAUGAAACCUCCCCAAUAAAACCAAAGCCACCUCCAGACUCACGCCCCAGUGCCUCAGUCUUCACGCAAAAGCUGGAGAGUGGAGAUGUGUUCAGUCCUGGGAGGAAGUCGGCUCUGUCGGAGGCGAUUUGAGGACUGCGGUUUGAACCAGGAACCUCACUUGGAGAACUAGAUGUCCCUCAUCUUCCUUCCCACUCAUGCCCCCCACCUUCUUGGAGAUCAUUUUAUUUAUUUCUACAAAAAACAGCACUAGCUUGGUCCCUGGAGCCUCCCCACAUUUGGAUACUUCUCUCGGCUCUGCUGGGCAGCCUGGAACCCAGCGGUGGACAUAAUUGACCUGCUGGGGAGCUGGAAGAGGAGCAACCGUGGGCCUUGGGUGGGGGCAGGGGGCCACAGGGGCAGGAGCUGUAGGGACCCAGGAUGGCGUCCAAUGGCACGGCCUCUUCCUCUUGCCUGGACCCUGCCGCGUUCAAGGUCACCGUCACCGUAGUCCUCACCCUCCUCAUCCUCAUCACCAUCGCCGGCAAUGUGGUCGUCUGCCUGGCAGUGGGCUUGAACCGCCGGCUCCGCAGCCUGACGAACUGCUUCAUUGUGUCCCUGGCCAUUACUGACCUGCUGCUCGGCCUCCUGGUGCUGCCCUUCUCUGCCUUCCACCAGCUGUCCUGCCAGUGGAGCUUCGGCAAGGUCUUCUGUGACAUCUAUACCAGCCUGGAUGUCAUGCUCUGCACGGCCUCCAUCCUCAACCUUUUCAUGAUCAGCCUUGACAGGUACUGCGCCGUCACGGACCCCCUGCGCUACCCCGUGCUGGUCACCCCGGUCCGGGUCGCCGUCUCCCUGGUCUUAAUCUGGGUCAUCUCCAUCACCCUGUCCUUCCUGUCCAUCCACCUGGAAUGGAACAGCAGGCCUGAGAACAACAGUGACAGUCACACCACCCCCAAGUGCAAAGUCCAGGUCAACUUGGUGUACGGUCUGGUGGACGGGCUGGUCACCUUCUACCUGCCGCUGCUCAUCAUGUGCAUCACGUACUACCGCAUCUUCAGGAUCGCCCGGGAACAGGCCAGGAGGAUUCACAACGUCGGCCCGUGGAGGGCGGCCACGCUCAGGGAGCACAAAGCCACGGUGACACUGGCUGCCGUCAUGGGGGCCUUCAUCGUCUGCUGGUUCCCCUACUUCACCGUGUUCGUUUACCGGGGGCUGCAAGGGGACAGCGCUGUCGACAAGACCGUGGAAGACGUGGUCCUGUGGCUCGGCUAUGCCAACUCGGCCCUGAACCCCGUGCUGUACGCCGCGCUCAACAGAGACUUCCGCACGGCCUACCAGGAGCUCUUCCGCUGCGGCCCUGCCAGCCACGAGGCGCGCAGAACUUCUCUGGGGUCCAACAGCUCUCAGCUGGUGAGGCAUGCGAGCCAGGGACCCAGCUGGCCGGAAGAGAGGCCGCUGAGGCUCCAGGUGUGGAGUGGGACUGAGGUCGCGGCCCCCCAGGGAGCCACAGACAGAAGUUUGCUGACCCUGUUCUCAGCUAGACAGAAGAGUUACCUAAUGAAUUCCUGCCGGUAUUGGCUGAGCACCAGCUAAACCACAGAUCUCUGAGAAUGAGUGCUACUAUUGUAUGGCCCCCGAGAUCCUGUCAGAGAGUAAUGCAGCAAAUUCUAAGCUGUAGGGCUUCACUCCAAGUUAAAGUUUCUCAAAUAAUUGUAUGUGGGAUGAUUUCCCAAGGGCAUGGAGGAGCCUUCCAUGACGUUGCAGUGCAUCAUGAGAAAGCGCUGCUGUUUCCCAUUUUCUGUAACACCUUAUUGCAUCAAGGAGGAGGUUUCAGCUUGGUCCUGGUAAGUCUUUCCCUCUUUCCUCACUCCUGGUCACGUCUUCAUAAGAGAAACAGACCAGAACUUGCGCUCAGUACCUCUAUCGGGUGAGGCAUCUCCCUAGAAUAGAUGCGAGUGCUGUCUCUACUGUGUGUCUUCUGAUGAUUUAACUUUCCAUUUCUG